AUUCCGAUCAAACCAACCUCGCUCUCUCUUGCGUCGGAUGAUUGUUACCUCAUUUAUCUUUCCUUGCUGUUUCAAUGGCAGUUUAUCCUUCUUAUUGACGACUAUGACGCCGUCUCCAAAACCUCUUGGGGCAAACUGUUUCCAAUUGUGCAAGCUUUCUUCAAAUUUCCUGUUUUCAUGUACAUUUAGAAAGCUUUAAUUUCUUAUCUCAUUAUUAGCUGGAGUGUCUGGAGCCUGAUUCCUGUUGAAGAUUUCUUUCCACGAUCACAUUCAGAAACUGAUUGCUGCUGAUAGAAGGAGAAUAUUAUCAGAUUACAUUAACGUAGCAGGUACUUGUCGUACGAAGUAAUGUCAGGGACCUCACAUGGUGGAUCUCAAUCUGUGGUCUCAGAACACAAACUUAGUCAUCGAAACAUAUAAUCUUGUUAUACAUUUUCUCAGAACUCGACAAGAUUCCCCAUAGAACUCGUCUCGUCGCCAUCAUGUGGUGCCAUGUUACCCAAAUCCACAUCCCUGCUUUCUCGCUUUCAUACUUAAACAUGCCCUCUCAUGCUCUAAAUCCUAAACUAGUUUAUCAGAUAUUCAUUGUCACAUCUUCCCGAUAUUCCUUUCAUUUCAUUCCUAAGGCGUUCAUGAUAUUCGUCUAUCGUGAUUAGAAAUGCUUUAAUCACCUCUGUCCUUUUGUCUUGCAAUAUAUUCCAGCUUUUUAUUUGUCGGACUAACAAAUACUAAAUACUUCCAUCUGAUCUGUUUGGAUCUUUCAUGAAGGAAUUUCUUGUUCAGUCGAAUCUAUAAAGGCCAGAGCUCAGUGAGAGUCGAUGACCCUAAAUCCAUCAUCUACCAUGAGCGACGAGGCGGCGAAGGCGACUGGCAUGAGGCAGAUUGUUCAAGAGUUACUUCAGAAAUGGCAGCCCCUCGCGGUUAGGCCAAAGGAAGACCAACCCAAAACGUCCGGCAAUCCCCCUUCCGUCGACAAGCGGCUGAAGAGUCUGUGUUGGGACUCAGACGAGGAGUGCUGCCAUAGCCCGGAGGCCCCUCCGGACGUGCCCAAGGGAUACUGCCCUGUUUAUGUAGGACCAGAGCAACGGAGGUUUGUGAUACCGACGACCUACCUGGGCCUCCCGGUGUUCAGGCUGCUGCUCGAGAAAGCCGAGGAGGAAUUCGGUUUUAAUCACAAGGGAGUGCUCACGAUCCCCUGCGAGAUCGAGACGUUCAAGUACAUCCUCCAGUUUAUGGAGCGGCAUGCAGAGGGCCUCGUCGAUGAUUAUGAAGGAAAUCCAACUGGGCGAGCAGGGGCUGAGGAAUAGCAACGCCUGGAAUUGAAUGCGUUGAUAUCGAGCUUGCACUCUCUGAAUCGAAUUGUUUGUUGUUUUCUUGUGACAAUUUUAUGUUAGAGAUGGGAUUCAGUUUACAAGCUGAAGGAAUUGGUUUCUUACAUGUUUUAAUAUUUGACAUUGUUUAAAGGCAAUGAUUGAGCUUA